AAUCCUUUCACCAUAUCCCUAAAUCAAACUUAAAAGGCUCUUUACUUUUAAUCACCUCUUCUUUGUUUCCGGUACUACAUUUUAUAAGAAAGAGAUGGGUUUUGCAAGCUACACUGAUGAGUACACAUCCCCCAUUGCUCCAUCAAGGAUCUUCAAGGCCUCCAUCGUCGACUCUCACAACUUAAUUCCUAAACUCUUGCCACAAGGUAUCAAGGGUAUCGACCUCAUUCAAGGCAACGGAGGAGCUGGAAGCAUCAAGCAGGUCAACUUCAUUGACGGCCGCAAUUUUAAUAGUGUGAAGUACCACGUUGACGAGCUCAGUGAAGAUAACUACACCUAUAAUUACACGUUGCUAGAAGGCGAUGCCUUGGUAGAAAACCUAGAAAAAAUUACUUACGAGGUUAAGUUUGAGGCUUCUCCAAGUGGUGGGACUAUCUCCAAGGUGACGAGCAAGUAUUACACUAAAGGUGAUUUCAUGCUUAAGGAAGAGGACAUCAAGGCGGGCAAGGAUAAGGUUCUGCUGAUGUACAAAGUCGUCGAAGCCUACCUCCUUCAAAACCCCGACGCCUAUGUGUAGAGGCUUUGUUUCCUUUUAAGCUUUUCCGUGCUCUCCAAAAGGUCUUUUAUCUAUAUAUGUAACCUGUCAUGCUGUUUCAGUCUGGUCUGUACCAAUUAAUUAUGGAAUAAGGAGAGAUUGGUUUUUGACACUGAGUCUUAACAAUAUCCAGUCAUCUGUUUUAAGUUCUGUAUUUUCAUGUAAAAAAAAUAAGGAAGCUUCUUUUUAAACUAAUAUCACUUUCAUAUGACCUAA